AUGGCGCCUGCCGCACUCGUGUCCUCUGGCGUGCCAGCCAUGGCCUCAUCAUACAUGAGCUCCGAGGGGAGGUCAUUUUCCAGACAUGCCCUUGGUAUGCAGGAUAGUAGGUUCCCUAUGAAUAACGGUGGUCUUCGCGUGGUUUCUGGCAGGCACGCCAUGAGGAGCAGCUCCACAGUGGAUAAUUCGGCCAUAUCAAAUCUGGUAUACUCAUUGAAGAGGCGUAGCAGCAAUGAGCUGGGCUCCAACGCGUCUGCCAGGCUUCUCAAUGAGACUUACGACUCCAUCCGAGACUGGAUUGCUGCUCAGCGCAUGAGUCAUCUUCCCCCAGAGGGAAGCAGCUACGACAAGGUGCUUACGUGGACUCAACUAUUUGUCGAGAGGAUUGACUCCUUCGACCUGGCUAUUCAGGAAUUCUCCGGUGAUAGUUAUCUCGCAGCUCAGCUCGCAUACGGCUACUGUGCUAUGCUGCUUGAUUUAGGCAACGAGAACGCUCCAGCUUUAAUGAUCUCUUUCGGAUUCUUCUACGGAAUUUCCAUGAGUCUAGUCAACCUCUUGGAACGAACUGAGCUCUUUGGUGUUUCUCAGAACACUAGAGAGCAACUGGUGCUCGCUAUGUCGGAUUUGGUGACCUUGGUCGCCAGUGUCGCAAGCUAUUUCCACAAAGCCAUCCACGACGCGUCAACUACUUCCGUUUCGGUCAACAUAUAUAGCACAUUCUCGAACCAAAUCAAGGUCUUCAAUGAUCGCUGUGAGAGGAUUGCGGCGUUGAUGUGGCAACAUCAACUUCUGGUAGAAAACCUCAGCACAGAGGAAGCAUCGGAUAUCAAAUCUGUCGAGGCUUGGAUUGCCCCAGAAGACAGAGCGCUUACCAAUGUUGCUGUCGGGCUUUCACUCCUGGCACAUGAUCGUGAAGAGUUGACCUGCCUCUGGGUUGGUCCAUACUUGACUCGUUUCCUCAAGAGUCAAGACACGGUCCUCUCUAUUCAUGGCAAAGCCGGCUCUGGAAAGAGUAUUGUGGCUUCUGUCAUUGUAGACUACCUGCAGCGACCCAUAUCAGGUGUUCAUUACAAUGCCCUGUUCAUUCCUAUCAACAGUAGAAUAUCCGCGGAAACAUCAAGCCGUGCUAUUGCCAAGGCUAUCAUGUGCCAACUUUUCGAGAAGCGCAUCGGUAAUGUUGAGUUGCUGCACAUUUUAUAUGAUGCCUAUCAACGCAGCAACUUGGCCACCAGCAAUGAAGACUACGACAACAUUGUGUGGUCGGCGUUAGAGCGCGCACUUGCAGCUGCUUCACCCGGCGCAAGAGAGCUCAUCAUUGUUGUCGACGGUAUCGAUGAAGCCUCUUGUGGGGAGAAAGUCAUGUUUGAAAGGUUAAAUAAGGCUACUGCCCACGGCUCAAAUGUUAAGCUCAUCGUCUUGGGCACGGAACGUCAUCCCCGUUCCGUGGGGCUAUCCGAUGUUCAAAUCAAUGACGACUUGAUCUUUGAUGAUAUCGUCGCCGUGGUCAGGAGUCACUUUGACUCGGACAAUGAAUUUUCUACCAUGUCUGAAUUCGAACAGGAGUCCAUCAUCACAAGGAUCAGCGAAGCUUCUGAUGGUUCAUUCCUGUGGGCCAAGCUCGCCACCAAGCGUCUUCGUCGGGAGGUUGGGCUUGACAAGUUCCGCCACGCAGUGGAUGCGGUGGUGAAGGCCAAGCCAAGCAUUACUGAUUUUGUGCUCCGCAAUCUGCAGUCGUCCAGCAUGACUGAAGAUGCGAGACUCAUGCUCAUGUGGCUUUCCAUAGCACAGCGGCCCAUUUCCCCGAGGGAGCUCGGAUCAUUGCUUUCGAUUCAGCUGGACCAGGGCACAGUUUUGGAGAAGAGCUCUGACGUCUUGGCAACCUUGAGGCCUGCGCAAAAUCUUGUCUUUCUCCAGGAUGGGCUUCUUUACAUCCGACACGGAAUGAUUCGUUCAUCGCUGCACGAGUUGGUGGUCAGGGGACAGCUGGUCUCGACCGUGAAAGAUGCGCAUGCAGAUCUCGUCAGCCGAUUGUUGUUAUCCAUCAGAAGUGCUGUCAACGAGCAACGAAAGCCGACGAUCGGCGUUCUUGAUCACAACGAAACCAGCCAGUUCCUCCAUAAAUACCAGCUCCUUGAUUUCGCCGUUAGGCACUGGCCCUAUCAUCUCACGCAAACGACCGUGUUCAAGAAGGAAGGUAGCUCCGCCGCAGCCAAGGCAUUUUCCAGGUUUUAUCCCACCUCCACGACAGCAAUCCUUCUUCAGGCCAGUCUCUGGGAACACAGACCGAAGCCAUUGCUACUCGCUUAUCAAGCUAUAGUAACGGACGUCUAUCGCCACCUUUUCGGCACGAAGAGUCCUCUGACGUUGCAAUCAGUCAUUUUCCUUGCUAUUCUCCACCGCCAAGUGAAUAUGACCGACAAGGCAGCCGUCUUAUUCUUCGAGGCAGCUAUCAUGAGCAAAAAGCUCCUCGGCGCAGGCGAUUCCUUGACGAUGCAGAUGGCCGAUUGGUUCAUCGAGUUGACUAAUUCCAAUGUUACUGCCUCAAGAACUGACAUGAUGACCAAGAGGGAAGAAGUCCUCACCAUCCUUGUCGAAUGCUACAAGAGCCAAUUUGGUACCACGUCGACAAAAGUGGUUACUAUUCUCCGACAGCUAGCCGAGCAUUAUCAGAUGACCAAAGAGGAGCAGAAGAUCAAGCAAAUCAAUCUAUCUAUCAAUUCCAUCACAGCAGCCGGGCCUGAAGGUAUAUUAGUCGAAGGCGAGCACGACCUGCAGGUUCAGUUGAAGCAGAGAAGAGAUUCGACGGAGUCGUCGAGCGAAGUCUCGUUGCAUCUUGAUGUCAAAGAACAGGACGAGAUGAUCGAGAGUAUUGAAACGCUUGACCUCGAUCUAGGCAUGAAGCGCAUCGAGUCUGCCAUUUCGGAGCACAAGAUGGACGUGGCCGACCGAGUUUACGUCGAAGUCUGGCAGCGCACAAGCCGAGAAUAUCGUGAGCACCGGUCAGAGUCUUGUGCGGAAACACAUCUGAAAGCUGCACUUGGCUAUGCCAAAUUUCUGCAUAACCAGAAGCGCCCUGCCGAAGCUUCUGCCACCCUUAUCAGUACUUGGGAGGAUAUGCACCACGGAAGCGUGGCCUUUACAGAAGCAUCGAUUUCAGUACUCUUGCAAAUCGGCAGAGUGUUGAAGUCACUUGGUAACUUGACAGAGGCGCUGGCCGUUUUCAAGCACUGCUCUCAGCAUAGCGCAGAUGCAUCAGUGAGCAAGGACGUGCAGCAAAUCAUGCAUGCGACGUCCCAAGAGGUAUUGAAGUCAGCUGGUGCGUCGCACAUUACCACCUUUGAAACUACAUUAGAGGAGAUGCUCCUGGAAUCGUCAAGCUCAUUCACCUCGAUGGAUCAAACCACCUUCGCGGCGACGAAGAGUCUGGCAACCUUGUUCUUCUCGCAGCAUCGCUGGGUCGACGCAACCCACUUCCUGAAGAGGGUCCUCCGCGGAAUCUGGCCCUCGUUGUUUUCGGCUAGUGUCCAAGAUGUCUGUAUACCUAGACAGGACGUCGAAAGUUGUGUUGAGCUCGCUGGCCGGCUUGCAGAGUGCUACCGCACUCGCAGGCGGCAGAGCAAGGAAGAGGACAUUCGUGUACGAGUUCAUCGCGCUUUGAGAAUUGGUCGGAAGAUCGACGAUAAACUUCGUGAACAGUCGACAUCUGAGCUCCUGUCUUUCUACGAUCGUACUUCACAGGCCGAAGCGAUCAUCGCCAUUCGAGAAGAGAGGCUUGACGACUAUACUGAGCACCUUGGCGCCGAGCAUCCCACUGUCAUCAAGAUGCUUGGUGAUCUGGCGGAAUUGACCCGGCCUCGACCCAUUUUCAUCGAGUACUACCAAAGACUGAUUCGGAUCGUCAACAAAGAUUCCGACGUAAGCAAGGCGGAGGUCCUUCAGCCUGUGAUGAUCGUGGCUGCGGAGCUGUGGAGCAAAGGUCUGUUCUCUGACGCACUGCCAUACUACAGGGUGUUGUUUGCCACAUUCUUCAAGGCACCCAAAACGCGAUCCGUUUUUCAGGACUAUGACUUCGUCCGCGAAUCUUUUGAUCGAUACAUUCAAUGCUUGCGCAGUAUUCGCACGUCAUAUCCGGUUCUUCACGACAUCACGACUGAGUACCAUGCCCGCUGCAAGAUGCUCUACGGGGCUAGCGCCUCCAUUACCAUUCAGGCAGCCUUGAGCCUGGCGAGGCUUUGUCAGCAGUCAGAAAGCUGUGAGAAACAAGCCGUCGCCUUGUACGAGGAGCUCCGGAAGUUGGACUCAGUCGAGAUAGACCAGAAGGAGAUCACGAUUGUAUUAGACAGGAUCCAAGAAGAGGAGACCGCCCUCAUGAUCUCAUCGAGCUCAAAUUCAAUGUCCACAGAACAGAUCACGCGCGCUGUCACUGUGCUACAAAAGCAGAUAAACAAGACCCGCGAAGCGCAGGGUUGGGCGAAUGAAGAGUCCUUGUCCAGAUUGACUGAGCUUAUCGCGUUCUACAACAAGCAGCAGCAGAGCGACGCCGUCAUCCGCGAGCUCCAAGAGACCACCAGCCGUGUGCUGUCAACAGAGACCUCGUCAGUCCGGCUGAUGGCUGCUGCCUCGACCAUUGCCUCCAAUUAUCUUGCUUCCAAUCAGGUACAAAAGGUGACAGAACUCAGAGACGAGAUGUACAGGCAGGUUUUCUUGAAAGAGACUGGUAACAUCAAGCAGUCCCACUUUGAUGUGUCGUCGCGCGGUCGAGAAGUACUUGUCUUCUUGGCCCAGCUGGAGUUUAGUCUUCGUCGUAAUUCCGCGACUCUGGCCGAGACACUCGCUGCAUUAAACAUGCAGUAUGUGUACUUCAGCGAAUUCAACGGUCUCAUCCGAAGCAACUCCAGCAACUUCAAGGAUGUAGCGUCGGCCACAGCAAGGCUGCAUCACUAUCUGUUGGCUUGUGGCAAGCAUGCGACUGCCGCGUCUGUGUUUGAUCGUUUUGACAAGUGGUUCGCCGAAGUUGAAGUCAAGCGAACAGCUUUCAAAGCACAGCCUUCACCACAGACGAAGCUUUUCCUUCACAGCAUCUUGAACCAUUUCAAAGAUCACAAGUCUAACGACAUGGUCCGGUCCGUGGGCAUCAUAGGAAACGCGCAGGCUGACCAACUCCUAAAGGGGCGCCGGUACGAAGAGGCUUCUGACCUGGCUCUCAUGUGUUUCACUUACGUGUCAGCACACAAAUCAUACCGCACAACGAAGAUGACCAAGCUCAUGUUAAUCAUGGGCAUGUCCAUCGGUGGUGGGAUGGCCAAGGCCGACACGGCAGCGCGCAAAAAACUUCUUCAAACCUCGCAAAUCAUUAUCCAGGACGUUUUGCGUGUCAUGGGAGAACUGAAGAUCAACUUGGCGCAGAUGGCCCUGAAGCAUCUCAACCAGUUGAUCAAGCUCCUGGGCGAGCAGCAGGAUUACACGACAUUGGCCUCGCUGCUAACCACUCUUUGGAACAGCCGCGAGGUGCAAACCGACUGGCCUCCUAACGUGACAUUUGUCCUUGCUCGCCGCUUUAUUUUGGCGCGCUACAUGGUCGGUGAUACCAUGGCAGCACUACGCAUGACUGAGCACAUUGUAUACAACUGCAGGCGCGUGCACGGUCUACGCCACCCUGCCACGCUGGAGAUGUCCAUACUGCUAUCCCAACUGUACUCCAGUAUCGCUCGGAAAUAUCAGCAUGGCCCGGGAAAUGGUCAAGAUGGGUCUGCUGGGCUCGGAGACAUGGCAAAUCGCUACUACAAGAAAAGCGCUGCUAUCCAUGAAAGUGUGCUACGCGUCUUCAGCGAUCCAAGCUACGCUAGCGUGGCUGGAGGGGCGCUAGUGGAUAGCUGCUAUAGUGAUCGAAGAGCAAGCGGCUCCUUCAUUGGUGGCGGCUCUGAAUCACCACCGCCAUUGCUCGCCCUUGCAGGCGACCUCUUUGCAGAUGGAAACCAAACAGACCAGUCAGACGGUCAGCGGGUCCGUCAGCAUUUGCAUCUCCUCAAGCUUGCUCUUGAACGGCUUGGUGACUAUCCAAAGGACUACUCCGAAUAUGAACACUUGAACGCUGAUGUGUUUCGGGAAUUUCUUGAGGAUUUGGAUGGAGUCGAAGGAGUUGAGAAGUGGAAUAUCAAAAAGUUUGGCGGUGGUAAAGCUGAAGCAGACGAUGAUUUGGUGAAGCCAGAUGACAUCAAAAUCUGGGAGAUAGUUCAUGACGUCGUACGAGAAGAUGCGGAAAAGGAGCUGUAG